AUGCCGGACAAGAACAGUGCCUCUGAUGUCUACGACUUCAUAGUUGUCGGAGCUGGAUCCGCCUCCUGUUUGAUUGCUUCGCGCCUCUCGCAGCAUCUACCAGACCACCGAAUUCUUGUUCUCGAAGCCGGAGAACAUAUCAGCGAUGAUCCAAAAGUUCAAACGCCCGGUCUGGCAACGAAGCUCCAGGGUGAUUCUGCUUAUGAUUGGCAGUAUGCUAGCAUGGCGGAGCCUGGUUUGAAUGGCAGAUGCGUAAAACAUCCCAGAGGAAAAUUGGUGGGCGGUACCAGUGCGAUAAACAGCCAUAGUGUUGUAUUCCCUAACCACGAGUGGCACGAUCGCAUUGCAGAGGAGCUACUAUCAGACCGAGGAAGAAGAGAGUGGAGCUCACAAGGUAUGCAGGAUUGCUACGAACGGUGGCAAGCUGAAAGCUCCGAGUCGAGAGAGAGUGGCACUUCGAAAUCUGAGAACCGUGUUCAAACAUCGUUCCCACGGACCAUGGGUGUUCUCCAGUCGAAAUGGAUAGAAUCCUUCGAGGAGCUCGGCCAUACUACAAACACGACAGGGUUUGUAGAGAGUUCUGCUGGUGCAGUCACGGUCACCAAUGCCAUCGACUCUUCAAAGGGUGAGCGAAGCCAUGCAGGUACGGCUUUCCUAGAGCCUGCACUCAAGCGAGGCAAUGUGACGUUGAGAACGGGUGUCAAAGUCGACAAAAUCGCAUUCGCAGAGACGCGGAACGCAGACGAAAAACUCCAUGCGAACGGUGUUUACUACACGUACCAGGGAGAGGAGCAAUUCAUUCGCGCGCGAGAGAUAAUUCUCGGUGCAGGUGCGUUCGAAUCUCCUGCGAUCCUGGAACGAUCGGGUAUCGGCUCCGAAAAGGUCCUCACCGCCGCCAAAUUACCAGUCUUGUACGAUCUUCCGGGCGUCGGCGAGAACUUGCAGGACCAUCUGAACUGCGGUUUGUCUUGUGAGACCCAAGAUGACGUCCCCACUCACGACGAAGAGUUGAGAAAUCCAGAACUACGAAAGGCUGCAUUGAUGGAGUACGAAAGAAGCCGCACUGGUCGAGCUUCGGAGGGAGGAGCGUACAGCUUCGCCUUCACGCCACUGCAGAUGCUGGAAACUUCUUCUGAGACGCGGGAGCUGACUGACCUGGUCGAACACUGGAUUUCGAAAGAGGACAACCCGCGCUUGCGGGCUCAGUACUCGGUUCUACAAAAGACAGUCGAAAGUCCCAGUGAAGCAACCGCAACAACCUUCAUGCUCCGCUGCCAGCGCAACCGAGACCUUGAAUCAUUCCCCAAAGGCACGCCAUCCGUUGUCGAUGGCAAUUUCGUUACCGUGGUCGCUAUGCUGGCUCAUCCUUUCUCGCGUGGAAGUUGUCAUAUCUCUCCUGAUCUUGUGCGUCAGCCAGAGAUCAAGUUCAACUACCUCUCUCAUCCACUUGAUGUGGAAAUACUGGCUCGUCAUUUGCGUCUUAUCGAAAGGCUCUUUCAAAAGCCCACCUUCGCUGGAAUGACAAAACCGAACGGAAAGCGAUUGCCUCGAAGUUUCCCCUACCCGAUUUCAUCGCUCGACGAUGCAAAAAAGAUUCUUCCCAUCAAUUCGGCUACCAACUAUCAUCCCUGCGGUACCUGUUCGAUGAUGAGAGAGGAUUUGGGAGGUGUGGUUGACGAACGGCUAAGGGUGUACGGAAUUAAGAACGUAAGGGUUUGUGACGCAAGUGUCUUGCCAAUUAUCCCGCGAGGUAACAUUCUGACUGCCGUGUACGCUUUCGCUGAAAAGGCGGCUGAAUUGAUAUGCAUAGAAGCGAGGGCGGGGUUCUCUUCAGACUAG